UCCUACAUCUACCCCUACCUCUUGCUCUGUCACUUCUCUUCCUUCUACCCCUGCCCCUUGUCCGAGUGAGGCCCCAGCCUCUGCUAAGAUGAGAGCCAGUGGACAGGCAUCAUUGGAUGGGCAACUGGCUAGUCUAAGUAGCAUAGACAGCACCCAGACCGUGCUGUCCAAAACAGAGGAAAUGCAUAAUGUAUCACGAGCAAGCGUCCAGGGACCCUCCAGAGAAAGGAAGAUACCACAAGUAAAGGCAUCAGGACUUAGCAAAAUACCUGUAGUUGGAGGGGGCAAAGCAGGCAAACUCCCUGUCCGGGACGGUCAACAUGCUGAUGAUGAAGCAAACAGGGAUCCGCCUACUCCUGUGCUAGAGGAAGAGAGGCCCCAUUUCAACUCACAUGAUUCAGGGAGCAAAUAUAAAAUCAGUGAUGUUGGGGCUAAUGUGCCCACCUCAAAACACACCCAGGAGGAGAGUCAGCAGCCUCCACAGCCGAAAGUCCUCACCAGUUUACCGCGUGACUCAAAGAUCCCCGUGAAGCAUGGUGCACAGUCUCACACUGCCUCCCAAAUCCCUCAAGCUAAAGAACCCCUUCGCACCAAGAUACCAGUGUCCAAGGUUCCUGUCCGCAGGGUUGGUAAUAAACCUGGAGCUGCAGGUGGCAGCACCCAGAUAAGAAAGUAAACAACGGACUGAAUCAAUCAACUAUACAGAUUAUGGCUUUGACUGCAACUUCUUAUCCAAUAUAACUACAUGGCCACCCUUUUUUAAUUCAUAUUUCUAUACUGUAACUCUUGGCUUGUGUCUCUGUCAUCUCUUGGCUUCACUACACCAUAAGCAACAGUAACAGAGUCAAGGAGGCUGACAGCACUCAAGCACAAAACAUCGCCACAGGGAGCCAAAGCAACAAGCCUGGCUCUUUGGUGCUGAGCCAACUGGACACGCACUCAGGAAAGGUUCAGGGUCACACCUGAACACACAGCAGCAUCUGUAACUAUGGAUAAGCAAGAUUAAACGUCUUCUGGGAACACAGUCACACACACAACACGGGCGAGUGCCUUUUUAAAGGGUGCUUUUCCUACAGACUCAGAAUUUGUUCAGUCUUUUCUACAGUGCUUUUAACUUUUGUUACUCCCACUUUUUGUAGGAACCGUCAAAUCUUUUUGUCUUUCUUUCCAGCAAGUCCUUUGAUAAUAACCAGUCCCUUUACGUUUUAUUUAUGUCAGGAGAAGAACCGCAGGAGCUCUACAGAUAAAUGCAACAACCAAAUUUACAUUCCACACCUAUGUCCGGACAUAUGUAGCAGAAAACGUGCCAUUAAUUAAUGCACAAGAUAUUGAACUGUACAGCGACUGUGUGUCCGCCUGCUCAUACGUAACAUGAUCAGAUCUCACUGUGAACUAUGGGAGAGAUUGUAACCCUUCCAGUAAAAUGGACAGUGGACAGCAGCCAUUAUGAAUGGCACUGUGGACGUUUGAGCGACAUAGAGAAGAUGCUGCUGAGAUGAGAUCUCCAGCUCGUACACUGGCACAUUCUUAUCCUUACCCCCACUUAUACUCAGAUGAGAACAAUAUCUCUGUGUAUAGUCUCAUCUAUGUUGUUCUGUUUCCUAUUUAAUCAAUAAAACAUAAUGAGUACUUUGCAACAUGACAUCUGUUUGAGUUGUGAAUUAUAUCCUGUUUUACGUAUUGUGGCAGAUUGCAGACAGAUAAGACGUGAGCGCACAUAAAAGGAUUUCCUGGCUCUGUAUUAAGCAUGUGGAAGGAAAUCACAUAACUGUCAAGAACUGUGAAAAGCUAAAGAUUAGAGAGAAAUGACAAACAUUUUUAUAUUUUCACAGACAAAUCCCCACAGUUGCUCACCAUCUUACAACAGCCGGGGCUCAGAGUGUGUUCACAGGAACAUGAUUCCAACAUCAUCCACACACCAAGCUCACUGACCUGAAUAACAAGCACAUUAAUGUCAGCAGAGCCCGGCCAAUCAGCUUCAAGGGAAAACGCUUAACAUGCAUACCUUAUUAUCAGGAAAAGGGUUUGGGAAUGUGUGCCAUUGCUAUUCUUAGUGUACCCAAUGGAUCUGCUGAAUAAUGCCCCUCUGACUGGAGUGGAUCAUUUGAUUUGGACAUUUAGUAGCAGUUUGACAUCAUUGCAGAAAAUGCAAAAUGAAGGUUAUUUGAACACAAAAGGCUGGAGUGAACUAUAAAGACUGUCUAGAAUGUCGCAAAAAGGUAGAAAAUACGGGAGGGGUAAAAAAAUGUUGAAAAGCAACUCUAGUGGUGAGAAUAAAACCUCAGGUUAAGGAUGGGAAGCUGAUCUGAGUCAUGGGGUGAUGUUUACAGAAGUCUGGUGUUAGGAAUAAGGAGUGAAGGACAAAGGGUGAUUUUUUUUUACAAAUAAAAGCAUUGUGCAGGUGACACAAAAAGACCUCUGUUUACUUUAGGAAGCCAGAGGCUGCAAGCUGAGAAGAGAGGACCAUCAUUAGCCCAGGAAAAACACGAGGAUUUCACCACAUUAAAGUGCUGACACAGACUUACAGAGGGUAAAACAUCUGCCUGAGAA